UCAAAUAUUUUCAAUACUUUCUCUUAUAUAAAUAGUGCCAUAACCUUCCACCCCUUUAUUUAUCUUAACAUCUCUGUCUACACCAUUCACAUUUCACACUAGUGGUAGAGUAGAGUAGAGCAUCAAGUAGUUCCGACCGACAAAGAGGAGAAGAAAAAUGGAGGAGGAACAAGAGUAUCUUUUCAAGAUUGUGGUGAUUGGGGAUUCUGCUGUUGGCAAAUCCAACUUGUUGUCUCGUUUUGCCCGUGAUGAAUUUGACCAUAACUCUAAGGCCACCAUUGGAGUUGAGUUUCAAACGCAAGUUGUUGAAGUUGAUGGUAAGGAAAUUAAGGCCCAGGUUUGGGAUACUGCUGGUCAAGAACGUUUUCGGGCUGUCACUUCUGCUUAUUAUAGAGGCGCUGUGGGUGCUCUCAUUGUUUAUGACAUCACUAGGAGCACUACUUUCGACAAUAUCAAACGAUGGCUUGAUGAACUCAACACCCAUUGUGAUACAACAGUUGCAAGAAUGCUUGUUGGGAACAAGUGUGAUCUGGAGAAUAUCAGAGAUGUGAGUGUAGAGGACGGAAAAAACCUUGCAGAAGAGGAAGGAUUGUUCUUUAUUGAAACAUCUGCUCUCGACUCUACUAAUGUGAAAACAGCCUUUGAAAUUGUCAUCCAUGAGAUAUACAAAAACUUGAGCAGAAAAGUACUCAACUCUGAUUCAUACAAGGCAGAAUUAUCUGUCAAUCGGGUUAGCCUUGCCAAUGGAACCGACAUGUCAAAGCAAAAAACGUCGUGCUGUUCCAGCUAGUUUUGUUCCAUAACUCAUUAUGUUGAUCUUUUCUCUCUUUACCUUUAUAUUCUGCUCUGCCCUCAGUUUAAGCUGGGCAGUUGCUCAAGGGCGUGUCUUGUUUGCAUUUAGUUAAUUGUUGUAUUACUUGCAGUCUUGCAACUAAGGGGAGCAGUACACAAUAACCCCAAUAGGUUAUAAUUGUAUCUUU